AUGAGUGCCGAAGAGCCGCAAGAGCAGAGCGGGCCACCGCAAGGCGGGCCCCCUCCUGGCGCACUGCCUAUCAACAUUCAAGGACCAAACGGCGAGCAGCCCACUCCAGAGCAAAUUCGCCAGAUUCAAAUGCAACUAGCGGCUGAGGCGGAGAAGCACGGUAUUUCAGUUCAGGAAUACGUACAAAGACUGCGACAACAAGCAAUGGCACAGCAACAGGCGCAAAUGCAAGCACAAAUGCAGGCGCAACAGCAACAGCAGCAGCAGCAACAGGCUCAACCAAUCCAGCCAGGACCACCUAAGCCAGAAGCGCUCGCUGUCGCGAAUUGGCUGAAGUCGCAAGAUCUCAAGCCACGAACGGUUGUCCAUGACGAGAAAAGGAAGGACAUGUUCAGAGCCUACCAGAAAGCCCGCUCAAAGAACCCGCUCCUUCCUGAAGUCAACGACCGCGCCUCUGCCGAGAAUGCCUUCAAGCUGCUUCCCCUCUCCCUCCUCGCACUCCGUGUCAAUAAAAUCGACGGCGAUGCUCCAGGCCACGAAGGCCAUAACCACGGCAAGAAGAAGCGCGUCAAGGGCCUGUGGGACGUCAAAAUUGAGCAACACCAAGAAGCCAAUGACGACAACUACUACAUCUGGCUAUACGAGGGAUCGCAGUGGAAAAUGAAGCUCUAUGCUGUUGGUGCGCUUUUCAUGGUGAUCGCCAUCAUCCUGUUCCCUCUGUGGCCCCUCGUGCUGAGACAAGGUGUCUGGUACGUCAGUAUGGGUAUGCUCGGCCUGAUUGGACUCUUCUUCGCCAUGGCCAUUGUGCGCCUAAUCCUCUUCAUCAUCACCAUGUUCACCGUCUCUCCCGGUCUCUGGCUGUACCCGAAUCUCUUCGAGGACGUGGGCUUCUUCGACUCCUUCCGCCCGCUUUGGGCAUGGCACGAGACUCCCGAAGACAUCAAGAACAAAAAACGCGCCAAGAAGGAAAAGAAAGCCGCCAAAAUCGCUGCGAAGAACGCCGCCAACGGCCACGCUGGCAAGAAGGGCAGGAACCGCGGUACAUCCCCCAUGCCCGCGACCGCCGCCCCGGUCGGACCGCGCGUCGAAGACGUGACCGCAGGAGGUCGACUCGGCGCCCCAACCCACCGGCUCAGAGACAGACACCUGCGGGCUCACUCGUGCAACGGCAGCCGCAACGGGCGACUGUGGAGGAGGCGGAGGAGGACGAGUAGGUGUAUAUGGAGGGUUAGAUUGGAUUGGGCUACAUAG